UCAAUCCAUUUCCCCACAAACAAAUUUAACAUUACCCCAAACAAUAUAUUGCUGUGGAUUUUUACUGUGGUUGCUCAAGACUGAAGAAUCCAAGGAUUAACAAUUCUACACAAAUAGUGCAGUUCAGACAGAGUUAUAUUUACCGUUUCAAGUUUAAGCAAACCAAACACCAUGUAUAUGCGUAGUCAGAUUCGUCUAUUAAGUCGGCAAUCCAUUUCGAGGCUUCUCAAACUGAAUGAUCGUAUCAAUCCCACGCGUAUUGCAUUGAGAUAUGCAUCAUGCGAAACCAGCGGCAAGCAAGGCGGUGGUAAAGGCAUCGUCCUUGGACUGUAUGAAAAGGAGAGUGGCAAGGGACCAAGGUUGACGCCGGCGGGCGAAAAAUUUGACGACCGAGUGCAGGGAAAGUUGUCCGAACUGAUCUGCGAAACGAAGAUCAGUGGACGCUUGGGACGCGGCAAGAUAUUCAACAAUGUGGACAGCGAGUAUCGCUCGAUCUGCGUGGUUGGCGCCGGACUCGAGGGCAUCGCCUUCAAUGAGCUGGAGAUGCUGGACGAGGGGAUGGAGAAUAUACGUGUUGCCGCGGGUAUUGGAGCACGUUCGCUGCAGUCACUCAAGUGCACCGAGGUCCAUGUGGAUCACAUGGACUAUCCGGAGCAAGCAGCCGAAGGUGCUGCUCUCUCUGUGUGGCGCUACGAGGACAAUUUGAAUAAGAAGUAUCGCACUGUGGUGCCCAAGCUGGAGCUGCAUGCCUCGCCCGACAUGGAUUCGUGGACGCGUGGCCUGUUCAAGGCGGAAGCGCAGAACCUGGCCAGACGAUUGUCGGAUGCCCCAGCUAACUGCAUGACGCCCACCAACUUUGCCCAGGCUGCUGUGGAUGCGCUGUGUCCCUGUGGCAUCACUGUGGAGGUGCGCACCAUGGAAUGGAUCGAGCAGCAGCGUCUCAACUCUUUCCUCAUGAUAGCCAAGGGUUCGUGUGAGCCUCCCGUGCUGCUAGAGAUUGCUUACUGCGGCACUGCACCCGAGGAUAAGCCCAUACUGCUUGUUGGCCAAGGCAUCACCUUCAAUUCCGGCGGCCUUAAUCUGCGCCCCUGCAACGGCAUGGAUGAGUUCCGUGGUGAUCUCAGCGGCGCAGCCGUCAUCCUGGCGGCGAUGCGAGCUGCAGCCGCACUCUCGCUGCCCAUCAACAUCACGGCCAUACUGCCGCUGUGCGAGAAUCUGCCGUCGGGCAUGUCCUGCAAGCCUGGCGAUGUGGUGACGCUGCUCAAUGCCAAGACGAUGGCAGUGCGCAACGUGAGUCGAACCGGAGUCGUUGUCAUUGCCGAUCCCAUGCUCUAUGGCCAGCUUACCUACAAGCCUCGACUUGUCGUCGACGUGGGCUCCAUGUGCAUUGGCAUCCGGAAGGCCGUUGGCGGCGGGGCCACCGGCAUCUGGUCCAAUUCGCACUACAUCUGGAAGCAGUUCCAGCGCGCUGGCUCCCUCACUGGCGAUCGCUUGUGGCGCUUCCCUCUGUGGCGCUUCUACAAGGAUCGCGUCGCCGAGAAUCACAGCUUUGAUCUGGCCAACGAUGGCGAUGGUCAUGCCUCGUCGUGCCUGGCAGCAGCUGUCCUCCACGAGCUGAUACCCUGCAGUGAUUGGGCGCAUCUGGACACCUGUGGCACCGGGUUGCUCACCAGAUUCGGCAUUAUUCCGUAUCUGGCAGGUGGCAGAAUGACUGGACGACCCACCCGAACUUUGGUACAAUUCCUUUACCAAAUGGCGUGUCCUGAUGCCAAGUAGGAAAUUUUGUUAUUUACCUAUUUACGUUGUUCUCUGGAGAUUUUACUUUGGACUUUAUCAAAUUUGUCAAGCAAUAAGCUGGAAAGCUUUUAACUAACAGAAGUAGGAACAGAACAGAACCGAACAAAGAAGUUGACCAACCCUAGUUUUACCAUUGAUAACAGAUAUUAUGCGACUUCUGGUUAGUAGGAUAUGAUUAUUUCGGACAAUUGUGUUGGCCAAAUUUAGUUGGUAGUACCAGAACAUUUUUAAUUCUAGAUGUAAUGGUUUCAGUCAAAUUAAAAAUAUAAAUAAAUAAGUAUUCAGUUAUAU